GGGCCCCAUUCACUCUCCACUAAACAGAAUAAACGGCCACUACAUAACAUGCAUCAUCCCCCUUCCCCUAUCCAGAUCAAUCAUACCAAAAUCAAUUAGAGUCGCCGUACGCAAUCAUUCUGUUUUACACGCGUCAAUGGCUCCCACAUUCUACACCACUGCCAUCAUGCUCCCGACCUAUAUCUCCGUUCCCUCACGCUCUCCCCUAACCACCACACACAGUUUGCGGAGAUUUAGGGCUAAAAUGUCAUCGGAGACGGUGAGGCAGGUUGAGAGUCCUACCGUGCUUGGAUUUGGUGGAGUGGGAGUGGAUCUGUUGGCUACUGUGGCGGAGUUUCCUAAACCGGAUGAUAAGAUCCGAAGCACUAGCUUGAAGGUACAAGGAGGUGGUAAUGCAGGAAAUGCUCUAACUUGUGCAGCGCGUUUAGGAUUGAACGCAAGGUUAAUAUCCAAGGUUGCCAAUGAUGCUCAAGGGAGAGGAAUAUUGGAGGAACUAAAAGCUGAUGGUGUAGAUGUAUCUUUUUUUGUGGUUUCUGAAGAGGGAAAUUCACCAUUUACCUAUGUGAUUGUGGACAAUCAAACGAAAACUCGAACUUGUAUUCAUACUCCAGGCUCGCCUCCAAUGAUUCCUGAUGACAUCUCCAAUUCAACUAUGUUAGCUGCAUUGGCUGGGGUAAAGCUUGUUUAUUUUGAUGUACGCUUGCCUGACACUGCUCUACUUUUUGCACAUGAGGCAAAUCGAAGAAAAAUACCUAUUUUAAUUGAUGCUGAAAGACCAAGAGAAGGACUGGAUGAUCUUUUAAAUUUAUCGGAUUAUGUUGUGUGUUCCGCAAAAUUUCCCCAGACAUGGACCGGCGCACCAACAGUUCCAAGUGCACUUGUUUCGAUGCUUUUAAGGCUGCCUAAGGUCAAAUUUGUGAUUGUUACUUUAGGUGCAGAUGGUUGUAUGAUGCUUCAGAGGAGCGUCGAAGGAGAGAGUGUUCAAGCUGAAGAAAUAGAUGCAGAUGAUUUAGUUGAGAAAUUAAAGUGCCAAUCUGACAGUAGAACCGCUACGCCAUCAUGUGUUUCAUCGGACGUUACAAGAUUGCAUGCAAAGGGAGUUGGGACCGUGUGUGGAAAGUUGUUCCUGGGUACAGCUGAAAAGAUACCACAGUCUGAGCUCGUGGAUACAACAGGUGCUGGGGAUGCAUUUAUAGGAGCUGUCUUGUAUGGUAUUUGCACCAACAAGCCACCAGAGCAGAUGUUACCUUUUGCAGCUCAAGUGGCAGCUAUCGCGUGUCGAGAUUUAGGAGCUCGUGCUGGUCUUCCACGUCUCACAGAUCCUCGCUUAGCACCUUUAUCAUAGUAACUUCACUGUUUCCUUGUUAUUUCUUGCUCAAUAUUCUGGCAUCUUUUCAAUUUAUUUUUAAUUUGAAUUGCAUCGCUGUAUUCGUAGUUGUACAUAUACAUCGGGAACAAUAAAAACAUGCUAGAUCUAAUGUUUCCUGAAUGGAAAAUUAUUUUGAACUGAAACAUCUGCAACCUCCUAUCAGUCAUACUACAGUGCAUUUUACUCGAGAGGGUUGGCUCUUGUGGAGGGUGCAACUCCUGUCAUGUGGCAGGAGGCUGGAAAUUUUCUCGGGGACAGCGUAACGCCCCUCUCGACCAGGCGUGGGCCCAGUUAAGACAACAUAGUCCUGGUAAUGAGUGGUGGCGGGCCUGCGUCUUGCGGGUGUGAAUUAGCCGUCUGUUGUGAAGUUCACCUGUCAAAAAAAAAAAAAAAAAAAAAAAAAA